AUGUUAUUUAAUUGUUUAAUUUUUUGUUCAUAGUUUAAACAAUAUUAUUAGUUAUUCUUAGGGAUCUUUUGACGAAUUAUGACGAAUAAAAAAAUUAUGGUAUAUUUGUCAUGCAUAGCCACAGCAUUGUUGACCGUACGAGCCCAACAAUUAAUAUCACCAUGUCCAGAUGUAUUUUCAUACGAAGAACGUAACACAGAGAGAGAUCGAUGGUAUGGUGUAAUUUUGUUAAGUACCGACGUCGAAUUACAUAGUAUAUGGGUGGAUGUAGAAUUGGACCGAACAGUUACUUUACUUGGGAAUUGGUUUGGCGAAGUGUCAACAAAUGAUCACGUGCUGUUUACGAUAACCACACGAAAAAAGACAUUAGGGCCAGGACCAGCGACUCCAAUACGUAUAUAUGUCGAAUAUCCAGAUCUGGAUAGUGUACCAACUUUACGUAGCAUAUCAUUAAAUGGCCGAAAAAUUUGUCCAUUAACAACACCUAUUAGAGAUAUAAGUACACAAACCGGUUCUGGAGGUUCUUUCACUAAUGCUCCAGCUAAUGAGUAUGUUACUCAAAGGCCAGUUCAAAGACCAAAUGAUUAUGUUACUCAAAGGCAAACACAAAGACCAAAUGAUUAUGCUACGCAAAGGACAACAACGCGAGCAACAACACGUCGCCCAGUCAUAACUGCUCAAACUACUAAUAAUUAUAAUGCAAAUAACAAUAAUAAUAAUUAUAAUACGAAUACCAACAAUCGGCAAACAACUAGACGACCAGUAACAAAUAAUCAAGGAGGGCUAAAUUCAAAUGCUGGAACUAAUGCAAUUAGCAAUGGAGGAAAUCGUUUGCCUAUUAAUGCAAAUCCAAAUUCUGUGUCAGAUUCGGGUUCAAUCUUCAAUGGAAUACAACAGCAGCAAACGACACGAAGAACAACAACUUCAACUGAUCGAAAUAAUUAUGACUGGGUAACACUUGCAAAACCAGUUGUGGAUUAUGAUGAAGAUGGAUUCGAAGGUGAUUUACGGCCCGGUCGUAGACCAAUUAAGCCAACAAUUCCACCAUCCAAUCAAAAUCAGAAUAGUCAAGUUCAACAAUGCGGAACAAUAGCGGCAGUUCCAAAACCAUUGAUUACCCACGGCACCAAAACACCUGAGGGAAAAUAUCCAUGGCAUGCAGCUUUAUAUCGUAGUGCUGGCAUUGAUUUAAGCUAUAUUUGCGGUGGAUCAUUAGUUUCAAUGAAUUUUGUAGUAACAGCUGCACAUUGCGUCACAAAGAAAGAUUCAAAUGUACGUGUGAAUCAUCAAUUUUUAAUGAUUUAUUUGGGUAAACAUCAAUUACGUGUAUGGACGAGUGAUGGAAUACAAGAUAUACCUGUCGAAGAAAUUAUUGUACAUCCACAAUACAAUCAUUCCAGUUUUCAUAAUGAUGUAGCUUUAUUGAGAUUAAAGAAACAAGCUAAAUAUACGGAUUAUGUUCGUCCUGUAUGUUUAUGGCAAGAAACGAAUGAUUUAAGCUCGAUUAUUGAUCGGGAAGGCACAGUUGUAGGUUGGGGUUACGAUGAAAAUGGACGAAUUACUGAUCAACUAGUUAUGGCACAAAUGCCAGUUGUCUCACAACAAACAUGUAUUUGGUCCUAUCCUGAUUUCUUUGCGAAAUUUACUUCAGAUAACACAUAUUGUGCCGGAUUUAGAAAUGGUACAUCAGUUUGUAAUGGUGAUUCUGGUGGUGGUAUGGUGUUUGCAAGGCCGAAUACAAAUCCUCCGAUAUGGCAACUAAGAGGAUUAGUGUCUCUCAGUGUUGCUUUGCAAACUGCUUUUGUCUGCGAUGCACAUCAUUAUGUGGUAUUCACAGAUUUAGCAAAACAUCAGCAAUGGCUUCAAGCGGUUAUUAGUCGAUAAUAACAUUAUGUGAUAUAAUUAUAUUAUAGUAAUAAAUAUUUGUAAUUAAGAGAA